AUGGACCCCGUCAGUCACCAGCCUCCACCUCGGCUCUCCUGGAUCAACACUCUCUACAGCAAUGCCAAGGAUGUGCUGCUGAUGCUGACUGACCUGGACAUCCACGCCAUUGCUGGGACCCUCAAACUCUACUUCCGACAGCUGCCUGAACCCCUGCUCACUGACCGGCUGCACCCCGCCUUCCUGCAGGGCGUUGCUCUGUCGGACCCCGCAGCCAGGGAGAACUGCAUGCUGCAUCUACUGCGCUCACUGCCUGAGCCCAACGCCAGCACCUUCCUCUUCCUGCUGCAGCACCUCAAAAGGGUGGCGGAGCGGGAGGCGGUGAACAAGAUGUCGGUACACAACCUGGCCACGGUGUUUGGGCCCACCCUGCUGCGGCCCUCAGAGAUUCAGAUACCCAGCGCCACACCCAGCCACGCCUGGUCACACGAGAUCAUGGCACAGGUACAGGUGCUGUUGUACUACCUGCAACAUCCUCCUCUCACGGCCAGUGAGCUCCGGCGUAACUCCCUCACCUACCCCAUGUAGCCCCCCCCCCCUCCCCCCCCCCCAUGGUGCACGGACCACUCGCUCGGCACGGAGACCCGCCCAACCCCUGUGGUGAGGAGAGGGCCGGCCCCACCCCCUGACACCCCUCCCCGUUCCCCCCGUCCCCACACCCUGCACCCCCACAUUACUGCAGCAACCAGGGUCCCAGCAGGAUCCUGGUCCCAAUUGCUGACCCCCCUGUGACCUCUGACGCCUCCCCCAUCCACCCAGACCCCUUGAUCCCCUUCCCCACCCCCUUGACUUCCUGAUCUUUCUGACAGACCUGACCUCUCCUCACCCUCUGACCCCCCUGACACCUCCUCACCCCCCUGACCCCUCCACUACUCCAUUGACCCUAUGCCACCCACCCGACCCCUCUCCCCACGGUCAUGCCCUCUGCCCUGGGCCUGUGUAUCGAGCGCCGCUGGACCAGCCACGGAUGGAGCGACCCAUGACCCCGGACCCCUGACUGACCCAGGGCACGUGUCCAGUGUGUGUAACGUGUGAGAGCUCCCCGGGUAACGGGGGCUCAGCUUGGUGAAUGUUUCUGUGUGUACGUCAUGUCAGCAUGGCUAAUAAACGGCAACCAUGCAGUGUUUGUACAAACUCCAAA